UAAUAGCACGAGGAGGGAGGGACGGAUACUGCAUCGCCAUUGGUACUUGUAGCUGGAGUAGCUUCGGAAGGGGAGACGUUAGGGUUUCACUGAGCUUCCAUGGAGCUGAGAUCUCGGCGAUGCCCGUCCGAGCAGCUAGACGGCGGACCGGACCGCAUCAGCGUCCUCCCCGACGACCUGCUCCUCCUCAUCCUCGCCCGACUCGGAUGCGCCGGCGCCGCCGCGCGCACCGGCGUCCUCUCCCGCCGGUGGCGCGGCCUCUGGCCCCGCCUCCGCCAGAUCGUGUUCCGCGACGUCCCCUACGCUUCGCUCGAAGCGGCGCUCGGCGGCGUCUCUCGCCCCCCUCCCCCGGUUUCCCUCCUCGAAUUCCGCAUCCCCGACAAGCGCCUCCCUGGGCAUCGCAGGCCCGACUCCGCCGGCAUCAACUCGCUGCUGCUCGCCGCAGCGGGGCUUGAGCCGGAGUCGCUCGUCGUGGCUCUCCCCUCGCACUUAAUAGGCUGUACCCUCGUCCUCGACCUGCCUUACUUCCACCGCGCCUCCUCCAUCGUGCUGGACAUUUGUUCCAUCCUCAGCGUGCCUGCCGGCGUCGAGUUCCCCGCGCUCGAGACGCUGUCUUUGUCGUGCUUCCUUCCCGACCUUGACUCCUUCAUCCCCUGCUGCCCGCGCUUGCGCACGCUCCGGCUUGGCAGCCUCCUUUUGGGCGUCCUGUGCCUCAACUCUGUGUCGCUGCAGGAGCUUGUGGUGGAUCGCGAGGCAGGAUUGACAGACCAUAUCAGCAUCGUUGCCCCCGUGCUCAGGCAAUUGACCAUGUCCUUCAUAUCCUCGAACCCCAGCAUCUCCGUCUCGGCACCAAUGCUGGAGAAGGUCUCAUGGCGCUGCUGCUAUAACGACGGCUCUAUUGUGUUUGGUUUUUGGCUACUGGAGGAGGUGUUACUACGGACAGCAGAGACACAAGGACAACUCUCCGCUGCACAUUCAUUUUGGCGCCGUAGAUCGUUGAUUUUUCAUGGUGAAGCGGAUACCAUUACUCAGGAUAUAGAAAAGCAUAUGAUUGCUGAGUUUUCUAUUUUGGAACUACAUCUCCGAACAAGUGGACAUAUGUUUGGAGCACUCGCGUUUCAUCUCCUAGGGAGUAAUCGAAUUUGUACUACUAUGCAGAAGCUUAAGGUCAUCCUACAGAGAUCAGCGGUGAAAGAAAGAUGCUCACCAGAUUGUCCAUGUGAGUCCUCGGGCUGGAGAGUCCAAACUAUCUCCUUGACUGCUCUCGAAGAAGUGGAGAUCAACGGCUUUGAAGGAGACAAUCAUGAGCUUGAUUUCUUGAAACUGGUACUCAGAUGUGCGCCAAUGCUUAAAAGAAUGAUUGUGAAGCUGUCAGAUAAGGCCUCAGCAAGUAGCUAUAGACGCACAAAACUAUACAACAUCUUCAGGGCCAAUUCACCUGUGGAAUUCUAUGUCUAUCUUAGCUCCGGGUUAAUGCAUGGUAGCCAAAAUCGCCUGUCUACAUGAUUCUCACCCAUACAUCUGUGGACAUGUGUUGUGCAUCAACAAAACCGUUCUUUCCUGCAAUGGCCAACUCUGUUACCUGUGUUAGGAUUUUGCUUUGUUGCUUCAACCGAUUAUCUUAGGUGUUGUUUUGCCAGUGUACUGAAGCUUUAUAUGUGUCUAUAAGUGGUACACUCUUAGUUAAUUUCUGAAUGGCUCCUAUGCCAUUCAGUAAUCAAAGUUAAUGCACUCAACCUGUGUCAGUUA